UCUUCCAGCAAUUUUCACCCCAGCCUUGCAUUCCCCAAGCCCCGCACAUCCUCGCAUGAUGUGUUCUGCAUACAAGUUAAAAAGGUUGGGUGAGAGUAUGCAACAGGCAUACUCUGGAACAUAAGUUACUCAGCUCACCUUUAGAGGGUCCAGGCAGUCAAACAAUGUCAAUUGUUAAUGAACAAGGGGUGAGAAAAAGGCAGCAUUUAUAUCUUUAGACUCUUUAUCACUCAUGCUGAGGAAUGAUUGUUUCUGUCCUUCUUCUUCACAGCAGGUAAAUGGAAGAAGAGCAAUGUAUACACCAAACACAGUAAGCAUCCCGGGCACAAUGAGGGCUUUCCUGGACACCAGCAAAGCUACAUUGAAGACGGAGCUCCUGCCAAAGAAAGGCCCUUCCUAUGCAAUACAUGCGGGCAGUGUUUUAGACAUUAUAUGGGACUUGUGCUUCACAAGACUCUUCAUGCUGAGAAAAGGCAUCUUAAAUGGAAAGUAUCAGCAAAAUGUGUUGCUGAUUACAAAUUGCUACAUCUCAGCCAAGAAGAAAUAUUUGAAGGAACUGAAGAUUGCAUAAAACAGGAGUGUGUGGAAUCUAUUAUCCAGAGUUCACACUUGGAGAAACAUGGGAGAUUUCCCACAGGAGAGAAUUCAUACCAAUGCCAGCAGUGUGGGAAAUGUUUUGCUGACAGUUCAGCCUUGUUGAAGCAUAAAAGAGUCCACACAGGAGAGAAACCAUACCAAUGCCAAGAGUGUGGGAAAUGUUUUGGUUACAGUUCACACUUGGUGAACCACAAAAGAUUCCACACAGGAGAGAAGCCAUACCAAUGCCAGGAGUGUGGGAAAUGUUUUAGUUACAGUUCACACUUGGUGAGGCACAAAAGACUCCACGCAGGAGAGAAUCCAUACCAAUGCCAGCAGUGUGGGAAAUGUUUUGCUGACAGUUCAGCCUUGGUGAAGCAUAAAAGAGUCCACACAGGAGAGAAACCAUACCAAUGCCAGGAGUGUGGGAAAUGUUUUAGUUACAGUUCAGUCUUGGUGAGCCACAAAAGACUCCACACAGGAGAGAAGCCAUACCAAUGCCAGGAGUGUGGGGAAUGUUUUACUCGGAGUUCAACCUUGGUGAGCCACAAAAGGAUCCACACAGGAGAGAAGCCAUACCAAUGCCAGGAGUGUGGGAUAUGUUUUAGUUACAGUUCAAGCUUGGUGAGCCACAAAAGACUCCACACAGGAGAGGAGCCAUACCAAUGCCAGGAGUGUGGGAAAUGUUUUACUCGGAGUUCAACCUUGGUGAGCCACAAAAGGAUCCACACAGGAGAGAAGCUAUACAAAUGCCAGGAGUGAGGGAAAUGUUUUGUUUCGUUCAGACUUGAUAAGCCACAAAAGACUCCACACAGGAGAGAGGCCAUACCAAUGCCAGGAGUGUAGGAAACAUUUUGCCCGGAGUUCAUACCUUGUGAGCCACCAGAAAAUUCAUAGAGGAGAAAAACCAUCCAAAGAGCUGGGACAAAAGUAAUAACAUGAAUUGCAGUAGGGAAAUUGCAGGUACUAGACCUUCUGGUGCUGUAGAGUAGAGUAUGCAUUCAACAUUUCCUGAUGAGCACGUGCUAUUCCUUUGACUUUAGCUAGCACUUGGCUUGACUUUGGACGAAGACAAUUAUCUUCUUGUUUUCAAAGUCUUUUCAGGGUUGUUGUGUGUUUGUUUGUUUGUUUUUGCUUUGUUUGACUUGUUACUGUUUUGGAGAACUCUUUUGCUUCUCUGGUCACGGGCAUCACCAUGGGACUGGAGUGGCUUUCCUCUGUUUAAUCCCUCGUGGGUAAACAUCCGAUUUCAAACAGGACCAUUUGAGAAGUUCUGCCUACGAUUUGGUAGAGUCCACUUUCUUGCCCUCUGAAUUCCUAACCUGGGGUUCUCUUCUCUGGAGGAGCAGAAAGCAACCUCCCUGUGACAAUCCUUCAGAGAGUUAAAUACAAUUGUCAUGUCAUUUAUUUUAAAAAAUAAACCAUAUGUAAUUCCA